CAAAGUGGGGGUGGGGACGUGGAAGUUCCUGACUACGCGGGGACUCGAGCGCCCAGAAUAGUGGAGCUGACCCAGCCCUGCCCCAAGGGACGAUCCACGAGGGCGGAGGUACAGGGAGGCCCGGCCACAACUUGCUGUACUGCGAGCCAGGCUCCAGCGGAAGGGCGGCCACGGGCCGAGCUAAGGGCCGGCUCCGGAGCUCGCGAGAGACUGCAAGAGCUUCGCUGGAGGAGGUGUAAUUUGAACAGAGUUUCUAAGGUCACGAGCAGACGCCAGCAGGCCUUUGAUACAAAAGAACUUUGGAGUUUGAAGGACUAGUAUCCUUCUCGAACGGCAACAGCCCGAAGAGGGCGGAGAGGGGCGGGACCUGGGGCCGCAGCCGGGUGUCGACUCGGAAGCCUUCGGCCGAGUCUCGGCAAUCCCCUACCCUUGACUCGGGCCUCGGCGUCGAGCCAGGCUGAUCCGGAAACAGCCGAGCGGAUCCGGAAACAGCCGAGAGGACCCGGAAGCGGCGAGCGCCGUCACCAGGGAGUGCGGGACCCCGCGGUUUGCGCGGAGGCGAUGGCGGCAGCUGCGCCGGCGGCCGCAGGCGAGGAUGGCCGGCGACUGCGACCGGGGUCUGUGCUGGAUCUUCAGCCCCAGGAAGGGGCAAAGGUUGAAGCUGAGUCAGGGGAGCUCGGCCGACUUCGGGCUGAGCUGGCAGGCGCCCUGGCAGAAAUGGAGACCAUGAAGGCUGUGGCCGAGGUGAGCGAAAGCACGAAGGCUGAGGCUGUGGCUGCAGUGAGGCGGCAAUGCCAAGAGGAGGUGGCCUCGCUGCAGGCCAUCCUGAAAGACUCCAUCAGCAGCUAUGAAGCCCAGAUCACUUCUCUGAAGCAGGAGCGACAGCAGCAGCAACAGGACUGUGAGGAGAAGGAGCGAGAGCUGGGCCGCCUGAAGCAGCUGCUGUCCCGGGCUCACCCCCUGGACUCGUUGGAGAAACAGAUGGAAAAGGCCCAUGAGGACUCAGAGAAGCUUCGAGAGAUUGUGCUACCCAUGGAGCAGGAGAUAGAGGAGCUGAAGGCAAAACUGCUGAGGGCAGAGGAGUUGAUUCAAGAGAUCCAGAGACGUCCCCAGCAUCCCCAUUCCCUGCACGGCUCCGUGGAGUUGCUGCCCCUGUCCCGGGACCCGUCUCCCCCGCUGGAACCUCUGGAGGAGCUGAGCGGAGAUGGGGGUGCGGCGGCCGAGGCUUUUGCCCACAACUGUGAUGACAGCGCCUCCAUCUCCUCCUUCUCCCUUGGUGGUGGGGCUGGCAGCAGUGCGUCCUUGCCCCGUAGCCGCCAGGGCCUGAGCUCAGAGCAGGAAGAGACAGCCUCUCUGGUGUCCACGGGCACUCUGGUCCCUGAGGGCAUCUACCUGCCCCCUCCUGGUUACCAGCUUGUUCCAGACACCCAGUGGGAGCAGCUGCAAGUGGAGGGCCGGCAGCUACAGAAGGACCUGGAGAGCAUCAGCCGUGAGCGGGACGAGCUGCAAGAGGGCCUGAGACGAAGCAAUGAGGACUGUGCCAAGCAGAUGCAGGUGCUCUUGGCCCAGGUCCAGAACUCAGAGCAGCUGUUGCGGACCCUGCAGGGAACUGUGAGCCAGGCCCAGGAGCGGGUUCAGCUGCAGAUGGCAGAGCUGGCCACCUCCCACAAGUGCCUGAGCCACGAGGUAAAGCGGCUGACUGAGGAGAACCAAGGGCUCCGGGCUGAGCAGCUACCAUCUUCAGUCCCCCGGGGCCUGGAGCAGGGUGAGAGCCAGGAGGAGUUGCUGCCCAGCUCGGUCCCGGAGCUGCAGCAGCUGGUGCGCUGCAUGCGGCAGGAGGUGCAGGCCCAUGAGCAGGCCCGGGAGCAUGAGGCCGAGCGCCUUAGGAUUGAGAUCGUGACCCUGCGGGAGGCGCUGGAGGAGGAGACGGCAGCAAGGGCCAGCCUAGAGGGGCAGCUGAGGGUGCAGCGGGAGGAGACAGAAGUGUUAGAGGCCUCCCUGUGCAGCCUGAGGACGGAGAUGGAGCGAAUCCAGCAGGAACAGAGCAAGGCCCAGCUCACAGACCUCCUCUCAGAACAGAGGGCAAAGGUGCUACGGCUGCAGGCCGAGCUGGAGACCAGUGAACAGGUGCAGAGGGAUUUCGUAAGACUCUCCCAGGCCCUGCAGGUGCGCCUGGAACGGAUCCGCCAGGCAGAGAGUCUGGAACAAGUGCGUAGCAUCGUGGACGAGGCGCCCCUCAGGGACAUCAGGGACAUCAAGGACACCUGAGGGGCCAGAACCCACCCCCCUGGGGAGACUGUCUUUCUCCACUGCAGAACCAUGAGGCCUAGGCUUUGGGGGCCUCACGAUGUUGUCUUCCCCCUCUCCAAGCCUGGGGUUCAGGGACAGGGCCAUCACUGCCCCGUCCCUCCAGGGCCUCCUCUCAGGAGUAGCUGAGCCUUCUGCUCCCAAGGGUGACACUGGAUGAGGGUCCCAACUCCCUCCUGGAACCAAAGGUGCAGGCUCAGCCCUGCGGCUUUCUGGCUGCUAUGCUGCCUCCCGAGCCCCAACCGUCCUGCCCCUGCCCCCUAGCCAGACUGCCAGACUGCCAGCCCGUCCUUCGUCCCUUUCCCUGAGGCAGAGCCAAGCUGGGAGUGGGGGCUGGGGGCCUCCGUCCACAUGUGUGCCCUGGACAGGCAGCUGCUUUCUGGACUGCAUGACACUAAGAUGCUUGUCCCCCGGGGCCGGACCCAGGCCCAAAGAUGUGCAUGGAGGCAAGGCCAGACUUUUCUGUCAUUUAUUUUCAAUAAAUAAGCAGCUCAGCUCA